AUGAAGAUAGCUAUCAUCGGCGGCGGCAUAUCCGGCUGCACCACCUACCUUUCACUGAAAAAGCACCUCCCUGCAGCAUGUAUCCACAGCAUAACAAUCUACGAAGCGUAUUCUACGCCUCAUUCUCCCGAUCCCCCAUCCACCACCAACUCCAAUGACGCAGAGAAUACAACGGCCACUAAAACGCCAAUAAUCGGCGGCGGACUCGGCCUCGCGCCUAACGGUCUGCGCGUUCUCUCUCGUCUUGAUCCAUCCCAGUCACUGAUCCAGGAUAUCGUACGAUCCGGUUACGCCAUCUCAACCAUGUCUUUGAAGACGAAGAGCGGGAGGGUAUUAGCAGAUUUAGACUCAAACUCUGAUGCUGGACCUAUCCCGGAGGUCUUUCUCUCCCAAUCCGAUUCACACGAGGAGAGCCAUGACGGUAGUAUUGGAAUGAAAAUGAAUAUGAUAGCCAGUAGUCGACACGGGCUCUGGGGAUGUUUGCGGGACAGAGUUCCAGACGAAGAUGUUGUUACGAAGAGGGUGGAGGAUGUGAUUCCGAGACCUGACGGGUUGAACAUCUUUCAGUUUGAGGAUGGUGGAGAGGUAGAGGUUGAUUUGGUGAUUGGGGCGGAUGGGCUGAGGAGCGUUACAAGACGGGGGAUGUUUAGGACGUUCACGGAGGAUGGAGAGGAGAGGUAUGAAUAUGGACCACACUAUGAAGGCCUCAUCGGCGUCGGCGGCUUCACGCCCCUCCCGGCAUCACUCAAGACACACCUCAAACCAGGCACAAUGUCCCUUUUAUUCAGCGGCAACGGCUUCUUCGGAUACUUUCCCAGCUCUUCAUCCUCCGAACACCCAACCUCAACAUCCCCAUACACUAUAACACCCCCCGGAGAAACCCUAAGCUGGUGGUCCACCUACGCCUGGCCAUCCCCACCCCCAACGCCCUCCGACAUCUCCCUGCCAACAAUAACCGCCGACCUGAAAUCCCGGCACGCGAAUUGGACCGACCCGAUCAUCCAAUCCAUUCUCGCAACUCUCACAGUCGAAAACAUCUAUCCGACAUGGACGUCUCCUGUCCUGGAAACGUGGGAGAAACACGGCGUGAUACUGGUCGGUGACGCGGCGCAUGCGUUACCUUCGACGAGCGCACAGGGUGCGUCACAGGGUAUGGAGGAUGGGGAGGCGUUGGGAAUGUUUUUAGUGCAUUCCAUCACCCAGGGAAGGGAGGAAAGAGAGGAUGCUGAAGAGAUAGAGGAAGCGGAAGAAGACAUCCUACGAACAAAGAGAACCAUCACUCGAGCUGCGAAACGGUAUAUUGAGAUCAGAAAACCACACGUGGAGGUGAUCUUGAACGAGGCGAAACGAAUGCAGAAUAAUAAGCGCGAUGUAGGCUGGGUCGGGGAGAUGGUGAUGUACGCUGUUCUUUGGAUUAUGGGCUUCUUCCCCAGCAUUCUCUCGCGCAAAAGCAGGUCUAUUAUCAACUAUAAUGUGGCGGACGAGGCAAAGAAGGUUAUGAGCAAAAGACAGCAGAGCUAA